UCAUGGUAUAAAUACUUGUCCGGUUAGGGCUUCUUUUAGUCUCAGCUCUCUGCUUCUUCGCACUCUCUCUUCCGUGGCUGAGCUCUAUCUUUCGCAAACAUGGGGAAGACACGGGGUAUGGGAGCUGCCCGCAAGCUGCGAAACCACCGCAGAAGGCAGAGGUGGGCCGAUAAGUCUUACAAGAAGUCUCACCUCGGGAACGAAUGGAAGAAACCCUUUGCCGGGUCUUCACACGCAAAGGGAAUCGUCCUCGAGAAGAUUGGUAUUGAGGCUAAGCAGCCGAACUCUGCCAUCAGAAAGUGUGCUAGGGUUCAACUGAUCAAGAACGGGAAGAAGAUUGCAGCUUUUGUCCCGAACGAUGGGUGCUUGAACUAUAUAGAAGAAAACGAUGAGGUGUUGAUUGCAGGGUUUGGUCGUAAGGGUCAUGCCGUCGGAGAUAUUCCCGGUGUCAGGUUCAAGGUGGUGAAGGUCUCUGGUGUUUCCCUCUUGGCUCUCUUCAAAGAGAAGAAAGAGAAGCCUCGCUCUUAAAUUAGAACCCUUUCUCUGAAAGAGAAGGUUUUGUUUUGGAUUUACUAAUGAUCCAUUUUUUAAAUAUCACAUAAUUCUCUCUCCUUUGUCAAAUUAAUGUUUCUAAAAUUCCUUCCAAAGGAUUUGUUGCACAUUUCAAUGUAGGAUUGAAAGUGACUCUUGGGAUUUUAAAAUUUUAA